CACGUGGAAUUUUCUUUUGCGGCGGGUUCGAAUGCUUCGAGGCUAAGCUUGCUGUCUCCCGGACCACGCGGUGGGGCUCGUCCCUUAUGCUUCUUCCCCUCUGGAAGGCGUGUAUAUAUACCGAAUCCCCGCGGGCUGAUUCCAUCCAUCCAACCAAACCAAAAGCACGCUUCCUUUACUUUACCCUGCUCACAGAAGGGAGAGCGAGGAACAGGCGACGGAUCGAGCGCGAUAUGGAGUUGGGAGAGUCGGGAAUCGAGAGUCUUCCGGAGCUCUGCGUCGCUCACUCCAUCUCCCUCACGUCGCCCCGGGACGCGUGCCGCUUAUCCGCCGUCUCGGCCGCCUUCCGCGGCGCCGCCACUUCUGACACCGUCUGGGACCGUUUCCUGCCCACCGAUUGGCAUUCGCUCGUCUCCCGCGCUGUCUAUCCCGUCGAGUUCUCCUCCUCUUCCUCCAAGCGGGAUAUCUUCUUUCGCCUCUGCGAUCCCAUCCUCAUCGACGACGGCAAGAUGAGUUUCUCACUGGACAGAUCGAGCGGGGCCAAGUGCUACAUGCUCUCCGCCAGAGAGCUGUUCAUUACGUGGGCAGAUACUCCGCAGUAUUGGACGUGGGAUUGCCUACCUGAAUCCAGGUUUGCGGAGGUUGCUGAACUGAUCGACGUAUGCUGGUUGGAGAUUCGUGGCAAGAUCGAAAGUAGAAUGCUUUCUCAGAGAACAACCUACGCUGCCUAUCUCAUCUUCCGAAUCUCCGAUGUAUCACAUGGUCUCGGCUAUCCGCCCCAAGAAGCAUCAGUGAAGGUCGGAGGGCAUUCGUCGACGAAAACGGUGUGUUUGCAGCCAAGUGACAUGCUCAGUCAUAUGCAUGCACGGAGGGCCAGUGCUAUGUUUGGGUAUUGCGUACGCUGCCGCCGGUUGAUGAUGACUGCGGAAGCUGAGGAAGCAGCAGAGGAAGCCGAAGAAGUGGAUGGAGCCCCUCAGGCAAGGAACGAUGAUUGGAUGGAGCUGGAGCUGGGUGAGUUCUACAUCGACGAGGGAGAUGAUGGGGAAGUCAAUAUAAGCUUGUUGGAGAUGAAGGGAGGCGAUUGGAAGAAGGGUCUGAUCAUAGAGGGAAUCGAGAUAAGGCCUAAAAACAAUAGCUUUUGUUGCUUGGGCGGAGAUUGAGAUGGAACGCUUCAAUUUGUCUUGUUGUGAGUGGCGUUCGAAAGACAGAAGAAACUGUCCUUUUCAAGCAAACGAGAUUACACUUUUUCCUGGCAUCAGACUCAUUACCCCAACCAAAAUAAAAUUCUAGCAACACCAUUUCAU